AUGGAAGAAAAAAAUGAUGAAGAUUUAAUGACAUAUUGUCAACACCUGGAAGCACUACAUUCCGAUUUCAACAAACGAUUUGAGGAUAUUCUUCAAAUGGACAUACUCAAAUGGGUUUUAGAUCCAUUUUCAAAUACAGAAACCAUAGAUUCUGCAAAAUUAGAAGAAGAAUUGAUAGAAGUAACUACAAAUAAGGAAUUAAAAUUAAAGUUUANCUGGAUUGUGGGCUAUUGUACAAACAUUUUUGAUCGCAUUUCCAUCUUCCUACUUGGUUGAACGUGGAUUUAGUGCAGUAACCAAUCUAUUCACUAAAAAAAGACAACAGUUACAAAUAACUAAUCGUGGGGACUUAAGAAUACUGCUUACGAAAAUCGAACCUAAUAUCAACGAACUUCUAGUAAAACACCAACCACAUCCAUCUCAUUAA